CUGGUUUCCAGCACAAACGGAAUCAAUCAGCAGAAAUUGGCCUCCAAGGAUUGAUGGAGACCCUGAUCCCCUGGCAGCCCUUUAGGACCCUCAUCAUGGCUCGGCCCCCCACUCUGCCAGGCCUGACUCUGCUGCUGUCUCUGCUCUUACUGCCCUGGGCACUCACCAGAGCCGAGGCCAGGGAGGUGGUCGUGCUGGCGCCCACUGAGGUGCAGGGAUCCCUGGGCAGCACUGUGACCCUGCCGUGUCACCUGCAACGUCUGGAGUCUGAAACUCCGCAGGUGACUCAGAUCAGGUGGACGCGGCUGGACCCGCCGGGGGACCCCAGCAUUGUGGCCCAAUUCCACUGGGAGCGGGGCCCCAGCAUCACAGAGCCCGACCGUUUGCAGUUCAAGGCCGCCCGGUUGGGUGUGGACACGCUUGACGCCUCGCUCACCCUGCGUGAGCUGAGCCUUGGGGACGAAGCCAACUACACCUGCGAGAUCCGCAUCAGCACAUCCCAGCUGGGGAGUGCGAGCACCUGCCUCCGCGUGUUCUAUGCCCCCCAGGUCUCCAUCUCUCUCUAUGAUGCCAUCGGGCAGCAGGGCCGCAGGGAGACCAACCUGAACUGUGACGUCCGCAGCAACCCGGAGCCCAAGAGUUAUAACUGGAGCACGACCACGGGACCCCUGCCCCCCUCUGCUGUACCCCAGGGCUCCCGGCUCCUGAUCCAGCCCACUGAGGAGUCCAUCAACACGACCUUCAUCUGCCGCGUCUCCAAUGCCCUGGGGACGGGCCAGGCAGCCAUGAGAGUUCAGCUCCCAGAAUCUUCCGGGAAAGCAUCACUCGCAGACUCCGGCCUCAAGCUCAGCCUCCCGUUUGCGGUGGUGGUUGUGCUGGGGACCCUGCUUUAGUUCCGGCGUUAGAAGGUCCCGUUGUCUCCAGUGCAGCUGUGCAGAGAGAAGCCAGCGCUUCCCAAGACCCACCGACAGAGGGCGCCAGGGGAGACAGGGACCAACCUAGACACACUGAUGGAGGGUUCCUAGGCUGGACACUUUCCCAGAACAAAACACCCUCUGCAUCUGCUCUCCUGGCCCCAGACGUCCCUCAGGGAGUCCCCUCUGCAUCAUAACACAGUGGGCAGGUGCGGGUUUGGGGUCCUCAGCACACAGAAUCCUCUCUCUGGAGGUCCAUCUCUCCUCCAUGAACCUGACUCACAUUUACCCCAAGGUUCUGUCUCAGCACCCCAGGGCUUCCCAGGAACACAAACUCUGCCCGGGAGCCUGGGCUCACAGGGA